AUUUUAUAAAGGAAGAUGUCCUUUUUCCCUAAAAUCUCUUUCCAGUGUGAAGUUGAAGAGUAUCUCACCAAAGUGUUCAGAAAUAACGAGCUUAUCACUGCUUUAGGUGGACAGGAGGCAGAGAAUAAAUAUCAAUCUCUGUUAAGUCGUCUGUCUCAUCCACCAAGUUUUACAACUGUAAGAGUUAAUACCCACUUGGCCUCAGUGAACCAUGUGAAAAAAAUGCUGUUUGAAGAGAUCCAGAAGCAGUUCAAAGGACUAUGUAUUCCAGUUCUUGAGCACCCAGAACUCCAGGACAUCCUGUUAAUUCCUGUCAUUGGACCCAGGCGAGACUUAAAAAACCAUCCAUCUGAAGUAAUUGUUGGAGCCCAGUGUGGAUAUGCAGUACUUCGAGGAGCACACGUUUAUGUCCCUGGAAUCGUAUCUGCCUCAAGAUUUGUGAAAGCUGGAGAUCUGGUCUCAGUGUAUUCAGAUAUUGAAGGGAAGUGUAAAAGAGGAGCCAAAGAAUUCAAAGGAGUCAAAGUUUUCCUUGGAAAUGGGAUUUCAGAACUGAGUCGCAGUGAAAUCUUCAGUUCAAGUGGCCCAUUGAAGGGGCUGGGCGUAAGAAUGAUAGAGCCAGUCUACCUUAGUCCUUCAUUUGACAAUGUGCUCCCUAGUCAUUUGUUUUUACAGGGUGAAGUAAUAGCCAUGGACAAGAUAGCUAACAAGGUCAAAAAAAUCAAGCUGAACGCUGAAUUGCUACAAUUGAAUUGCAUUAAGGCCUUUUGCUAUGAUGGAACAAAGGCUCUUUCAGUUGAGAAACGAGAGGAUGAACAAGAAGGACCUCCAUUCUCACCAGAAUCAUUUGAUCGAAUUCUUCUUGAUGCUCCAUGUAGUGGGAUGGGACAGAGACCAAACAUGGCUUAUUCUUCAACUUUAAAGGAAGUGACCUCUUACCAGCCACUACAGCGCAAGCUUUUCACUGUGGCAGUGAAGUUGCUGAAGCCAGGAGGUGUUUUAGUAUACAGUACAUGUACGAUUACACUUUCUGAAAAUGAAGAGCAAGUUGCUUGGGCCCUGAAAAGAUUUCCAUGCCUCCAGCUUCAUCCACAGGAACCUCACAUUGGAGGAGAAGGCAUGAAGGGAGCUGGACUGACACUUGAUCAGUUGAAGCUGCUGCAGAGGUUUGAUCCAGCUGCUGUGACAUUGCAAGGAAUGGAUAUUAAUUCAUUGCAAGAUUCCAGAGAAGAUGACCUGAUCUCAUUGGCAAAUAAGGACUGUAUAGGAUUUUUCAUUGCAAAAUUUAUUAAAUCGAAGAGUAAAUAAGGAUCUGGGAAUGCAACCUGAAAAAAUACCUCAGUGAGUCUAAGAACAGUUCAGACGUGAAGUGCGUUUCUUCCUGCUGCAAUGUUACCAAGCCAACGGACUGACGGCAGGGUUGCUAUGGCAGCAGUAAAAUCUGCCAGCUGUUCUGAUGGGAAAGAGCCACAGGUUGCAAGAAAGUCAUGGUUGGGGGAAGGGUAGUAUCAUUUUUAAGUCUUCCUUCGCUUUUGUAUUUACAGCAGGUCAGUGCCUGAAUGACAAGUAUGUUCACUCAUACUGGUGUUGCUUAUCUGGUGCAGCAAGCACAGGAAGGGGAUGUAAACUACUUUAUGAAAUGAAAACAUAAAUAAAAUAAAUGAGAGCUAUUGUAAUGAAUUUUUGAAAAGGAAGUUUCUAUGGAGGUUUACUGAUAGUUAAUGUUUCAUUAAAUAGUGCUUCACAAAACACUGUAACAUGUUACAAAGAACUGUUUUAUAAAUUGAUACUUAGAACCUCAUUUCUCUUUUAUUUUAAUACAAGCAAGAUUCUCUGUACACAUAGUAUAUACACAAAAUACGAUUAGGCUUUGUAGCAUGUCUUUUAUAGCAGCAUGAAUAUAUUAAACCAUCUCACUCUGG